AUGGGAAGGUUCCGGGGAGGCCGCUGGCGCCCGCGACCCCGCCGAUGCUGGGCCCACACUCACAUCGUCCGAGCCGCCAUUCCCUCGGUCUUGGAGUCACCCGACUUGGUGCCCACACCAACUUCGGAGGUGCGUCAGAACAACCGCCCUGAGUGUGAGGCCGCGGUCAACAGCCACGCCGCCCUGGAGUUCCACGCCUCCUUCCAGUGCCUGGCUGUGGCCUUCUACCUCAACCGUGAUGACGUGGCCCUGAAGCACUUCCACCGCUUCUUCCUGCUCCGCUCCCACGAGCACAGCAAGACAGCGGAGAGCCUGAUGUUCCUGCAGAAAGAGCGUGGGGGCCGCGUCUGCUUCCUCAACAUCAGAAAGCCUGAGAGCCAAGAGUGGGAGAGCGGGCUCCAGGCCAUGCAAGACACCCUGCACCUGGAGAAGUGCGUCAACCAGAGCCUGCUCGACCUGCACCAGCUGGCCAUCGAGAGCUGCGACGCCGACCUGUGCUACUUCCUGGAGACCGGCUACCUGGACCAGCAGGUCAAGUUCAUCAAGGAGCUGGAGGACCAUGUCAGCAGCCUGAGCAACGCAGGGUCCGCGGAAGGCGGCCUGGCAGACGACGUCCUUGACAAGCUCACCCUGGGCCACGGCAAUAAGUAG